ACGACGAUAUAAAAGCGACCCGAAUAAGCAUUGAAGCAUCAAAAGCCGCAAAUCAUCCCAACUUCAACUUCCUGUAUUCCUUUAAUCGAAAUGGCGGAUAAAAUUACAAUUUUGUUCUGUUUGGCUGUCGCUUGCACGCUGCUGGUGUUGGUGACGGGGGACAGGGGGUGUCCGGACAACCAGGCGGAGUGCGAGACCUACUGCGGGGGCCCGGGCGAGGGGAAGUGUGAGCGGAGUUGGUAUCGGUGGCGGUUGAGGUCCCGGUGUCACUGCGACCCCUGCCGAGGCGAGAGGGUUCUCGGUCUCUGCAUCACCAGCGUGGGCGUCACUGGCGGAUGUGACCACAAUGGACAGAAUUGCCAGGUUGGCCCCACUGGAACGACUCAGAAAUAAUAUGAAACUGGUACUCAAAGUUACAUAAAUAUUGCGUACUACAGAAAUGGAAAAUUAUUUACGUGAUGUGGUCAUCUUAUUCAGCAAACAAAAUAUAAAAGGCAAAGUAAAAUUGUGAAAGAUGUGAA